UAAUGUUGCCGACCUAUCUCUCUUUCCUAUCUUUUUCGCUCAAAAAUAUAAUUUUAUUUAUUUUCUUUCUUUGCGCCCAAGUAACUUACAAUUCAAAGUGUUGAAUUUUCCUCAGAAACUAUAGAUGUUUUCUUUAUUAUUAAUUAUAAUAAUUUAGCUGAUGAAUUUCACAAGCUAUCCAGUGAAUUCCAUCUCCGUAUCAACGCCGUCGUCUCGUGAUCUCCGCUGCUUUGUUUGAUCGUUCGUUCCUCAGUUAUCUCUCUGUAUCCUUUGAUUCUUUCUCCGAGACGACCACAAAGAUAAAGACGACGGCGUUUGAUCUAUGAAAGAGGAGGUGAAUUAAAUUAGCUCGUAAGUUACCUUUGUACAAAGGGAAAUUUGUUGACUUGACAUCAACAUUAUGGAGACAACAUGCUUCUGCCGAGAUGGUCACUCAUUGCAGAAUUUGGUUUUGCAUUUCGUUCUUCAUGAUGCGGCUUCUCAGAAAUUCGUUAUGACAGACCUGUGCUAUACUAGUUUAGGAUUUAGUCUUUUUGUUAGAAAUUUGUAAAUAGUAGUUGCCUGUAGAUAAAUGGAGUCAAACUGGGUUGAAGUGUUAGAUAAUGACCGUAGGACAGCUGACGUCGACUCAAAAAGUAAAGUAGCAUCUCAGUACGUGGCACGUAUAGUUGGAGCUGGCACUGAGAAGCUGGAGGAGCUAUCAUUUCAACCAAAUUGUAGCUCAUUUUAUAGCAAGCUUGGUAAGAGGAAAAGGACUGUAGAAGGUGAAUCUAAUUGCAGAUCACAUCUCAGGAAAUCGACACUUAAGAACUACUCAAAUUUCAUUAAAAGUGGACUGCCACAACGUGUUUUAUAUCAUCAGAAUGGUGAAUGGAAUGAUUUCCCUCAAGAUAUUGUUCUUAUAGUCAAAGAAGAUUUUCGUGCAAAGAAGGCUGUGAUUGAGGUGAACUUUGGUGGCUUUCAUGUAAUACUUGAUAUUCUAUAUAUGGUUCAGGUAAAUUUGGUUACUGGAUUAGAGAAACCCAUCGCCUGGAUAGACGAAGCAGGUGGCUGUUUCUUCCCUGAUUUAUGUCUCGUCAGUUGUAAAAUGCAUGACAACUUUGAAAUCCAAUCGCAGAGAACUGAAGAAUUCAGUGCUGCUGAGCCGGAUAGGGCAACUAACAUCAAGUUGCAUCUUGAAAUAGAUUUUAAUGGACCAAAUAAUUGCAAAGUGGAUGAAGGUGUGGAAGAGUCAAAUGUCCGUGUUAAAAGGAUUAAAGUUGAUCCUUUAAAAGAAAAUCAACAAUUUGCUGUUGAUCAAAAAUCAUAUGUGGCAGAAAAUCAACAGGAUCAGGAAAGUCUGUCUCCUAUAUUAGAGGAUACACUUAAGUUGGUGGAUGCAGAAUCUGUUAAAACUAUGUUUGUUAAGGGAAUGAAUACCAUCUGUAUGGUGGAUAUAGUCAAAAUUAGUCAAUGCUUAAGUGUAUAUAUGAGAAAUCGCUUGGAACUGUUUGAGAAGCAGGUUGAGAUAACCCAAAAGUAUCGUGGGAACUCCAAUGUUCGGUAUGCUUGGCUUGCCGCUUCCAAAGAGGUAGUAUCUACAAUUAUGAACUAUGGCCUUAUGCAUGGGGCAUGUGGACAGAAGACUAAUCUUGGCGUCGGAGUGCACCUCAUUGCCCAGGACUGUGCCUCUAAAAGUGCCGCUAGCUGUGAUAUUGACGAAAAUGGCAUCCGUUACAUGGUUCUUUGUCGUGUCAUUUUGGGCAAUGAAGAACUUUUGCAUUUUGGCUCUGAGCAAUCUUAUCCAAGCAAUGAGAAAUAUGAUAGUGGUGUUGAUGAUCUGGAGAGUCCUACUUACUAUACUGUUUGGAACAUGAAUAUGAACACACACAUAUAUCCCGAAUAUGUUGUGAGCUUCAGGAUGUCUUCAGGAGCAGAAGGGGCUCCAAUAAAGGAAGAAAGUCGGCUUGAUGUCUCCAGAGUUACUUCUCAGGGUUCUGAGGAGCAGUUGGACUUGAAUAAAUUGCCUACAGAAUUGUGCUUCUCUUGGCACAAGUUGAUUGCUCCAGUGGGUACCUUCUGUGCUCUCGUCUUCAGAAAACUGAUCUAUGACUUGAGAUUGUAUUUUUUGCUGCGGGUCCGCACAAGAAUUUGCAAUAUGAGGUUUGAAGGCUUUGUAUCAGCACAUAUUUUUGGCUAUAUAUGAAUGUUCAUUCAUUGACAGACCUUGGCGAACUUGUAAGAGGUGGAUUAAAGUUAGCUUCUCAGAGGAUGUGUGAAUUCUAAAAUUUUGAUCAUUUUGUCAGCAAAACUGUUUUGAUGUGAAGCAUUGUUGCACUUGAUCUCUACGCUUACGGUAAUCUUACUAUUGGAAGAAAGAGAAUGAUCUCUUCUUUUAGUUGAUUCUUCCGAGUCUAAGCAAAAGGGUGUGUGUAGUUUCCCGUGAGGGACUGUUCUCAAGUUUUAGCUAAAGGAGCAUUCAGUGUGAUGAUAUCUUGACACCAUAGGAAGCAAACUGGGUGAUAAAUUUCUUUCUUUUUGGCAUGUGACUUGUGUUGCUGUUGGCACGGUAAUGAGAUUGUCAAUGCAAUUGCUUUACAUAGCACAUCUACAUGUAGAAACUAUUAGGUGGCAAGGCAGUUUUGCUUGUUUUCUAAUUGGAACUGUUCUGUUAGUUAAGAAAUAACCUAGUCAAAACUCAAAAGAUAUAUUUUUAUUUUUAGCCUCUGCCUUCUUCUAGUGUUAGCAAUUUUGGGGGAAAAGUUAUUUCAUUUUGCUCGAUUUUUUUUUCUUUCAUUUAAUAAUUUAUCGUUCACUUGCAAAGAAGUAUGGAAAUUUCUUUGGAUUUUUAGCCCAAGUCUUCUCAAUAAGUUAAUAUCCUUGUUUUAACAUCUCCUGUUUUAUGCUAUUAGGGGAAUUGUCAAUUUGUAAGAAACAUACAGCAAUCCCGUGGUGUUGGUGUGGGUACAAAUAAAUCCCC